AUGGCAGCUGCAAUGAUACCACAGCAGAGUUCCGAACGCCCACCAGAGACCGCUUGCCAUCAAUUUCGCACACCCAGCAGACCCGCCUCUCACAGUGGCGCCAUAUCUACGACUUCGAAAAGCACUACCUCGAAGCGAGCCCGGUCUCCGGCAUCAUCGGUGCUCUCGAGAACCCACAAGCGUAAUUUGUUGUCAAAUCCACGGGCCCAGCCCACCCUCACCCAGAUCGACUUUGUCACGCAGCCUGAGCCGGAUUAUGAUCAACUCGCAUACGUCAACGAACCCAUUUCUCGACAUGAUACCCAAAAUACAGCGGCCUCUACGGUAGACGAUGGCUCAGACGAUGAUCUCGACUAUCGCCCGCCGCCGGCUCGACCAGCCCGUAGUGCCAAUGAGCAAAGUGUCAAACGCAGACCAAGUUCUGGAAUCAACAGCCGAGAUGCACGUCGGAACGGCGUACGAAAAAGUGCAACCCCGAGGGCAAGUGUAAAGUCUCGGGGUGGUCGAAAAUCCAUGGAGAAGCCGGGCGCAAAACGAGACAAGACCCUCACGCAGAUGGACUUUGUACGGCGAUACAUUACAAUCGACGAUGACGAUGACGAUGUGAACAUGGGAUACUUAGAGCCAUUCCCCCAAAGGAAUGUUAAUCAGGGGGCACAAUCUCCCCCACCUGUCGAAGCACAAACUGAACGCUGUGGGCCUGGACAGGUUUCUCCAGAGCGCAAUCGCAGGGUUCAUGAUGUGGAAGUGGACCUGUCCACAGGAGAGCCUAUAUCAGAAUCAGGCGGUACCCAUGACAGAGGCGUCAGUGAUGUGCACAAUGACAAGCCGGCAUCUGCGGGUCCGGUUACACCGCAGAAGUCUCGGAGACUCGAGAUUCCAUCCUCACAAUCACCAGAAAGUCCUGGACUCGCAAUUAUUACCUCGUCUCAAUUUCGCAGUGCUACGCGUUCUCCUCUAAAACAAAAGACUUUGAACCCUAUACAGCAACCUCCCGAGCCCAUCAAGGAGGAAUCUCCAGAACCCCAGUUCUUGCAGGACGAAGAGAGUGAUUCACUUGCCAGAAAUUUGACGUUUGACUUUCCCAAAGUGUCGAGCUCUCUUCCACCACAACUCCCUACAUCUCUUAAGGUCCAUUCGACUGCUCCAUCCACACCCCGAGACGACGAACGCCGAAUUGAACACCCGAAAAGCGAGAGGACCGUGGUUUAUGAAACGGAUGCGGAGACCGAUUAUGGCGACUUUGAAAACGACGAGGACUCCUUGAAAAUUGAAGCUGAGAUUCCUUCUGAACCAAAUGAGCCAUCAAAGGACGAUGCUACCACGCAAACAAGCUCAACACCUCAACAGGACGACUCCCAGGAGUACCCUUUGCCGACCAUGCUGCCGAAUACGGACCACGACUUCGGUUCGACGGUCGAACCCUCAUCAGAUGCCUCAGUCUGCUAUCAGAGGCUGCAUCCAGCUACCCAGUUCCCUCACGAACCUAUUCCAGCGCUGAAUACGCAAAAGCUCUCCGAGCUGUUUUCUCAUGAGGGCAGUGCUCGCUACCUGAGAGCUGGCCCGCCGCGAUCAUCUCCUGAACACCUCCCGGGACCACUGCCACCCUACCAGAUUCAAACGCAAACGCAAACGCAAAGCCAGGAUCCAGGGAAAACAUCAACUGAGAUCGUGCCCGAGUCGUCUCCCAUUCGGGGCCAAGAGAACGACCCGGACUUGCACGAACACCCCUUCCAGCGGCCUCCGGCCCCCGACCCCGUGGUGCAAGUUGAAUCAUCGCAGGCUGUAGAUCGGGGGAGCUCGCGGCCGGGGGUGUUAUCACGGAGCCAGCUGCUGACGUCCAGCGUGAUGGAGAGUGUUCCACUGCCGAAUUUCUGGAUGGGCAGUCAGGAUAGCGUGGGCGAGCCGUACAGUCUGCCGGAGGGGUAG